AUGGAGCGUUUGCAGACUCAACUGAUGGAGCUUGAAGUAGAUCUCGCGCGGAGGCUCGUCGCAGCUACCGCCGCACAGCCCUGCGAAGAAGGGGACAAAGGCGACAAUAGCAAUAAAAAAGGCGCGGCUCUUUCUUCCUUCCCGCGUGCGGAAUUUCACCCCUGCGAAAGUUCCAACAGGGUGAUUGUGCGAUUUAUGAAGCCCGCACCCGCCUUUCGCGCCGCGGAGCAUCUUUUCUGGAGCGAUGACCAUAUUAACAACUCCGAUGAUGCGAACGAUGUUGUUGUGAUGUUGAUGAACGCGCUCGAGGCGAGCUUCCCGCAGGGCUACCCUGUUAUCCCCUGCAGAUGGAAGGUGACAAAGGAGGCCACCGGGGUGGGCUUCCCCCCACGUCCUGUCAAAUAUUUCUUUUCCCCCUCGGGGUGUGAGCGAGGCCUGGAAAAGCGGGGCGAAUGGAGGGAUUGGGGUGGGAAGGUCCUCUUCGCGCAUGCGGCCGGGGCGGAGCGGAUGCUGCGCUGGCUGACCGACGCCCAUCGCGAGAAAAGAGCAGGGGAUGGGGACCCUCACGGUGGGGCCUUCUUCUCCGCCGUGCGGGCCUCGGUGGGGUGGUCGACGCCUUUUUUGGACGAUUUUAUUUUCCUUCAGCGCGGGUGGGAGGCGCUGGAGUGGGACGGCGAUGGGGACGACAUCACCCUGCUGGAGGGCGGGCUGGGGUGGGGGCAGCCCGCGCGGGGUCCGAACGGCGGGGGCAAUUCCAAAACAGGGGGGCUUCACAAUAAUACUGAAGCCGGGGCAGGGGUGGGGCGUUUGAACUCGAUUUUGUCCCCUUUGACGUCCAAUACGGCGACGCGCGGGCGGGAUCGCGCCGGGGAGGGGGCGAGGACGCCGUCCACGAUGCCCUCGCCGUCGGUCGUGGCCAUCGCCUUCCCCCCUUCGCCCCCUUCCGCCGACGCCAACGGGGCUUUCCGACGCGGCAAACGACGCUUCGCUGCGGUUCUCCUCCCCCAGGGCGGGAUAAUGGCCUGGAUGUGUGCGGCGAAAGUCAGCGAAAAGGACGAAAAGGCGGACCAUUUCGAGUCCUUCUACGCCGGCACCCCCUCGGAGGAGGAAGAAAAACUGACGAAUACGACCCCUGUUCCGGCCUUCAACAACGCCGCAAGGGGCCUCCACACGCGCAUUUUGUUCACCACCGUCUUUCCCUCGGGCAAGCGCCUGCCUUCCUUGCUUCUUCCCAGUUUAGUCCUUCGCGCGAAAGGCCAACGUUGUCGAUGGCGGGAUAUUCAUCUCUAUCCUAGCAAUGCGGGUAGUAGUAGUAGUAGUAGUGAAAAUAAUAUUAGCGGCUUAAUGCACACCGCCGCCGUCGCCCUGCGCGCGAACGCGAAGCUCUGCAGGCACCUCAGGCUGCCAAAGGUGGCGAACCUUCUGAGCGUGCUCUACCAACUCUCCCGCGAUAUCCCGAUUGGGAAUGCCCCCGGGGAUGGCUUUAUUCCUGACGACAGCAAUCCUGGUGGGAAUAGUGUCAUUCAUACGUACUUUCGCGAGGUGCUGGUUCCCGUCUUGGUGCGUACGGUGCGUGCCCUGCAAAAAGCCCGCCAACCCUUCUGGGCCGGCGUCGCCGUCUGCUGCCUGCUGCUCCCAUCAACCUUAGGGGUGGAUAAAAAUAAAAGUAUUAAUAGCCAUAUAGUUAAAGGGGGAGGCGCCCCCGCGAUGACCUCUUUUUUGUGCGAUUCCAAAGAAUGUACGGCGGUGGUAGCGCUUGUGGAGCGCGUCUUUCAUCUGGCCGAUUGCCAAACGCAGAUGUGCGAGGCCGGUAGAGUGCGGCGGGCGUUGGAGCGGGAAGAAAGGAAAGAAAUCCUGCGCCGAAUACGCGAACUCAGAAUCGAAGGCGGCAUGCGAAUCAUCGGAAGCGGAUGGGGCUCACACUUCACGAUGGAUUCGCCGACGAUCCCGCGCUGCAGCUGCGUUCGACAUGCGCCGAUUUACAACUGCGCGAUGUGUGAUUUACCCCUUCAAAGCUGUCAUCGCCUGCCGGAUAACGGGGAGGAAACCCAAACGGAAAAGGUGGACAUGAAGCCUCGCGGGGGCCCCUCCGUGGAGGGUUGUUUGGUAGUGCAAUGCGCGCGGUGUGGGCAUGGCGGGCAUGUGGAGCAUAUCCAAGCCUUUUGGCGGAAUCCAAAGGUGAACUGCUGUCCUAAAGGCUGCGAUUGUAAGUGUAUUUAUUGA